AUGGCACCAAUCGCGGUCCCUGAAUCACAAACUGUCCUCCUCCUGAGAGGACCAAGACAGCCGUAUGAGCUGGUGAAGAACUAUCCCACACCGGAGCUUCACACUGGCUCGGAAGUCUUGGUCAAGACUCGGGCUAUCGGACUCAACCCCAUAGAUUGGAAAGCACCUGAUUUCAAUUUUGCGAUCCCAGAGCUUCCUUAUAUUUCCGGGAGAGAGCUUGCCGGGGAUAUCUGUCGAGUGUCGGGCUCCUCACACCGUCUGAAUCUUGGUGACCGUGUGAUCGCCAUAUCCACCGACUAUCGUGAUCUGCGAAAGGCAGCUUACCAGGAAUUCGUCGUCUGUCUUGACUAUAACGUGGUCAGGCUACCCCAGGCUCUGUCCUAUGAGGAAGGGUCGACGCUGGGUGUCGCCUUUGUCGCUGCAUCUUUGGCCUUGGGAAUUUGCAUGGGAGUUGACUUCAGUGAUAUCGCCAAUGGCCCCGACCUUCUGAAACUCGCAAAGGCAACUGACCCAGAGUCCAUUCCCGAAGACGUGCGGGCAGAGACUCUGAGAGGUAUCUCGGAAGACGAACGUGCAAGAUCUGGUGAUUGGAUUGCUGUGUGGGGAGGCUCCGCAACAUCGGCCAAUCUUACCGUUCAACUUGCCAAACUCGCAGGUCUGAAGGUCGCAACUAUCGUGGACAGUGCAAGACAUGGCCUGCGGUUGUCAAAUCAUAAGUUCAUUCGCCCAGACCUUUUGAUUGACAGUCAUGACCCACAAAGAGCUAUCGAUAUACUCAAGGCGAAUGUAGGUGAGGACUUGAGAUUUGGAAUCGAUACUCGUGGAAAGGAUACAGCUGCGAAAUUGCUAGAAGCUCUGACAGAUAAGGGUGUCUCCGGCGGUACGAGGCCACCGUCGCCCCCUGCCACCCCACGCACGUCUCCGGCCCUUUCUGCCCAUCUCAUCGGGCUGACUGGGCUGCCUAGGCAGGAUUCUGUCGGGGGAGCCGUGAUGCACUCUGUGCCCAUCAAACUAUUCCACGAGGUACCUGCAGUCGGGAGUGCGUUGGUCACUUGGCUCGAGAGGUUACUCGCACAGGGUUUACUUUCACCUCCAGAGAUCAUAGACAUCGAAGAGGGUCUGGAGAAUGUGAACAGAGGUCUUGACCGGAUGCGAAAUGGCGAUAUACGUGGUGGGAAGUUGAUUGUAAGAUUGGAGGACGUAAAAUAG